GAAACAAUUGAAUAAAAAUGUUAAACACGUUCAGGGCAAGGAAUAAUUGUGAACAAGAGGCCAAAUUCGUGCAGGACCGUAUUGUGUCUGUUGAGCGCACAAUCGGCGAAUUAUGCCACGUUUUCGGUCAAUAUUCACGAAAAGCGGCUCGUCUCAGAGACAAAGGGGACGAAGUAGCCAAAAUAACGCUCGAACAUGCCGAAUCGGAACAAUUAAACCGAUCUCUAAGCCUUGCUUUGGAAAAUUUUGCCGACUGCAUCUCACUUUUGAGUUCUUAUGGCGAUUUGAGAGUCCAAAAUUUGGACAAUAAAGUGAUUAAAGAGUUUGGACGCUACGAAGACAUUUGUAAACAUGCCAAAGACGAAGUUAAGCAAAUUUAUAACGCUAGGGAGAAAGAAAUCGCGAGGAAGAGACAGUUGGAUCGAAUUAAAGAAAGAAAUCCGAGGAAUAGGCAACAAAUUUUACAAGCAGAGACUGAAUUAGUAAAAGCGAGUGCCGAAUUUUCGAAAACUUUACGUAAUUUGGAGGAAAAAAGCACAGAAUUUGAGAAGCAAAAACUCCACGAUAUGAAGUCAAUUUUGCUCGACUUUGUGGCGAUUGAAAUGGGGUACCAUGCGCGGGCUUUGGAAGUCUUGACUAACGCCUACAAAGCUGUGAAUUCGAUGGAUGAAGAGGCCGACCUACAGGACUUUCAAAAAACUAGUGGGAAGGUGGAAGCGGAGUUUAAAAAGUCAUUACGGCGCCCGAACAGCUCUCGCAACGUGGGCUCGCGCAGUCUUUUCCGUUCUAGCAAUUCUCUGGGUUCCCUAAAAGGACUUUUUACCCCCAACAGCACAAAACCUCAGGGAAUUCCCAGAAAAGUGUCCAAGAGUGAAGAAACUCUAGAUUCCAUGAAACGAAGUAUUUCCGACACUGAGGAAAGCCUCAGCGACAGUGCAAACGUGUCGGAGAACAUUUCCGAUACUGAAGAGCCAUCGUCCCCCAUCAGGCCACGAAUGCCCCGCAAAUGAAACAUUUCCAUGCUUAGUACUAAUUUAUUAACAAAACGGUUCUUUCAUCAAUACAUUAAUUAAUUUAGGACUUACACUAACAAAUCGGUUUUACUUUUCCGCCCCUUCAACUCCAGCUUGAGUCAUUAGAUCGCCGAUAUUUUUUUCCAAAUCAUCGAUUCGGUUGCCCAUUUCAUCUAUUCUGGUUAAAAUUUGAUCGGACAUGUUUUGAAAUUUGUCUUGGAUGGUUUGGAGGAGCCCCUGAACCUAAAUUUAGCAAUAACUUUACAUUUUUGACAUUCGAGGUUAUGUCGACUUACGUAUUGGGUCAAUUCUUGGACAUUUUUCGGGUCGUUGGUGUUUGUGGCGGUGAAAGCUUCAGUGUCGUUGUUCAUUUCGACUUUAUCGUCCACCAUUACUGAGGUAAAUACGAGAUUUUACUCAAAUAAAACGAAAAAUGUUUAAUCGAAAAAUGUCACUCUUUGUACCAGGCGCGGUGGGGAUGUUAGCUUUCCAGAGUUUGCGUGUGUUGAGUAAUGUAAACACGAAUAAUAAAAGGGGAAAAUGCACCCCACCCAGGGUUAUGAAAUUGUGUUUUAAUUUUUGUAAAAUCACGAAAUUCCAUGUUUCGGCUCCUUUUAUCACCUCACUUGACUCAGUUCUGUUGAGAAUAAUUGGGGUGCAUUAUUGCAAAUUAGGCCUUCAGAUCACGGAUCCACAGCCACAAAAUCUCUACAAAUUCACCGCUUCACUUCUUUUUUUUCUUUUUGGUUAAAAAAUGCAUUCAUUUGUGAUUUAUGCAAUUUAUUAUUUAAACACGGAGUAAUACAGCUUUAAUUUUCAUCAGGAAUGUUAAGAAUACAUCACCAUGUCAUCGUUAUAACUACAAAGCUAAUAAAAUAAUUACAAUAUUA